AUGAGUCGAUUGCAUCUUUUGCGCAAAUCAGGCAAUGCCGCUGCUCGCCGUUGUUAUACAACCGAAGCUCCUUCUACCUUUUCGAAUCAGUCCAAAUUACCUCGGUUACCUAUUCCCGAGCUCCAUUUGACAGCUGCACGCUACAAGCGCAGUUUAUUGCCUUUGCUAUCUGCCUCUGAACAUGCGGAUGUAGGUAAGAAGGUGGACCGCUUCUUCAAGCCGGAUGGGUUAGCACAAAAGUUGCAAUCUCGCCUCCACCAACUCGAUGAUCAAGAGACAGCAAAGGGAUUGAAUUGGUUGGAUCAAUUGUGGCUACAAAAGGGCUAUUUAGAAUACCGUAUCCCUACAUUGAUCAAUGUCAAUUGGUGGAAUCAAUUCCGUGAUCCUGUUACUGGAUUAGGCCAAGGGGCUCAAGAUGGUCAAGUAACUGAUUUUCAAUUGAAGCGAUCUGCUGGCAUGAUUGCUGGUUUGAUUGAUUACUCUAACCGCGUCAACAAUGAGCAGAUUCCUCCUGAUGUGUCUCGUUCAGGUCCCUUUUGUAUGCACCAGCUCAAAAAUAUGUUUGGCACAAGCCGUAUUGCUGCUUCAGGUACUGACAGAGUAGUGACUCAAUGGCCUUGCUUGGCCAAGCAUAUCAAUGUGAUCUACAAGGAUCAAAUCUUUUCAGUGCAAGUCAUUGGCCCCAACGGAGAAACUGUGCCUGUAAAGACAUUGGAAGCUCAGCUUAGAAGCGUAGUGGAUCAAGUAGAAAGCACACCCAUUGAGCAACGUCAAGCUGCUGUUGGUGUGCUGACUACUGAACAUCGUGAUACUUGGGGUGCUAUUCGCGAAGAGAUGGAAACUCAGCCUACCAAUGCUAAAUCUCUCAAGAAUAUCGAUGACUCCAUCUUUGUUUUUUGCUUGGAUGACUACAAAUCUCCAUUAGACCUUGAUCUGUCUCACCGCAACAUUUUCCAUGGCCGCAAUGGCAAAAACAGAUGGUUUGACAAAGCACUGCAGUUUAUUGUAGAGAACAAUGGCCGUGCUGGUAUCAAUGGCGAGCAUUCUCCUGCUGAUGCUGUCAUUCCCUCUAGAAUUGUAGACGACGUUUUGUCAAAGGAGCCAAUUGAAGGAAUCAUGUCUGAUGCCGCUAUCACCAACUUGAAAAAGCCUACACUUCUCACUUGGCAGGUAUCCAGCAAAUUGGGAGACGCUAUCCGUACAGCUGAGCAAAAUGCAUCUACUCUGAUUGAUGAUUUGGAUAGCGUUCUGCUUCAUUAUCCUGGAUAUGGAUCCAACUUUAUGAAGCAAGCCAAGGUCAGUCCUGAUGGCUGGCUCCAAAUGGUUUACCAACUCGCUUACUUCAAACAUUAUGGUACACACUGCCCUACCUAUGAAUCUGCUUCUACCCGUAAGUUCAUUGCUGGUCGUACUGAAACUGUGCGCAGUUGCUCCACAGAGACUGUUGCAUUUACAAAAGCAUGGCAAGAUAAGGAUGUCAAGAUCUCUGACAAGUUGGAUCUGCUCAACAAAGCCAUUAGUAGCCAUUUAGAAUACAUGAAGGCAGCUAGUAACGGUCAUGGUGUGGAUCGUCAUCUGUUAGGCCUACGUUGUCAAAUGACACCUGAGGAAGCUGCCUCUGAUGAUGCUGCCAUCUUCCAAGACGAUUCUUACUGGGGAUCUCAAUACUGGAAACUGUCUACUUCAAAUACGUCUCCUGGCGAUUUGGCUUGGGGUGGGUUUGGUGCAGUCGUUCCUGAGGGCUAUGGUAUCAAUUACGCUAUUGGAAAGGAACGUGUGCGUAUGAGUGUCUCUUCUUGGAACCACUACAAGGAAACGGAUUCAACUGCUUUCAGAAAGACCAUUCGUGAUGUCUUGGAUGAAUUUGGCGAUGUUGCUGAAAGAUACCUCGUUCAAAAAUAA